UUAUUCCAGGUGACCGGAAGCAGCAACCCUCCUCUUUUUUUUUGACUUUGGCCGUGUAGCUCCUAGGGGAGAUUUCCAGAAACACACAACAGAGCUCCAGGAUGCUUCAUGAGAAGGACAGACUGUCCCAGUGUGGUGCCUUCACUGUCCUGGUUUUUCACACCAUUGUCUUCCUCACCCUGAUACACUUAUGUAGAGGUCAGUCUGAGGUGAUUGCUCCAUCUCAGCCAAUAGUGGCAUUCGUUGGUGAGGACAUCAUUCUGCCGUGUCACCUGGAACCGGCCAUGAAUGCCUUCGACAUCACCACGGAGUGGGCGAGGCCUGACCUGGACCCCAGGUUUGUCCUGGUGUGGCGUGACGGCGUGGAACUGGAGAGUAAAAAACAUUCGUCCUACAGAGGUCGGACAUCUCUGUUCACUGAGGAACUGAAACACGGAAACGUGUCCCUGAAACUCUCCAAAGUGAAAAUAUCUGAUGAGGGAACAUACAGAUGCUUCAUUCCGGUACUAGCCAGAGCCUCUACCGUUCAGCUUGUUGUAGGAGCCGUCUCCCCACCUGUAAUCCAGAGCAGUAAAAACCUCAGUGCAGUGGUUCUCCAGUGUGAGUCUGAAGGCUGGUACCCAGAGCCUGAGGUGCUGUGGCUGGACGGUGAGGGGAACCUCCUCUCUGCUGGACCCACAGAGACUCUCCGAGGUCCUGAUGGACUCUACACUGUCAGCAGCAGAGUGGCUGUGGAGAAGAGACACAACAACAACUUCACCUGUAGAGUCCAGCAGCAGAACAUCAACCAGACCAGAGAGACACACGUCCACGUUCCAGAUGAGUUCUUCAUGGUCCCCAGUACUCCCACUACUCCCAGUACUCCCAGUAGUCCCAGUACUGCUGAUAGUCCAGGUGUUAUUACUGGCUCAGUUAUCGGCUGUGCUCUUCUGUUGUUAAUAGCUGCGGUUGUCUUUGUUGUGUGGAAAUGGAGACAAAAGAAAUUCAAAAACAAGAGGAGGAGCCUCGAGGAUGGAGCUGAACACACCGAGGAAGAGAAGAAGGUCACAUCUAAACGUGAUAACACAGGAUUCCAGGUCCUGAUGGAGCCAGAAGGAGAAAGUGCUCCGCUGAUGGCAGGAAGAGAGGAAGAGAAUAAUGUGAUGAGAGUAGAGGACAAGGACGCAUCUCAAAGUGAACAUAAAGAUGAAACACAACAAAACCAGCUCGAGACCAAACCAGAUAUGGACAGGGCAGAAGGAGAGAGGGACGUUACAUCUAUAAAGAAUGAAAACGUACCUCUGAUUCCAACAGAAGUAGAAAAACACCAAAAACAGGACAUGACAGGAAAAGAAGUAAAACAUGAAUGGGACGAGGGUGAAGGAGAGCAGACGAUGAAACCAGUAGAAGAAGAUUCAGGACGUUCACUGGUGCUGGUGGCAGAAGGACCAAAAGAGCAGCUGCAAAAUGUCCACGCUGAUCAGGAGGAAGAGAAAGAAGAGACAAGGCAAGAGCCAAUGACUGAUGUGCGCAAGAAAGAGCCAAACAUUAAGAAAAAGAGAGAAAAGAAAGAGAACGGGAAGAAGCUCCAGGAGAAUCAGAGAGAAGGAAGGCAACAGGAGGUAGAAAGACAGAAGCAGAUUCAACCAGAGGAGCAGAAAAGAAAAGAGAGAGAGAAAGACAAGAUGGAACCACAGACGGAAAAGGACAACCAACAUGUUUUACAAGACAGAAAGCAGGACACGAGUAAGGCAGGACAUGAGGAUAAGAAAGGAAAAGAUCAGGAGGAAAACCAGAGUUACAUUAUGACAGCAACACAAAGAAAGGCAGAAAACCAAACGGAGAAAAUCAAUGAGAGUUUGGAGAAGACAGAGGAAGAGAAGAUGGAGAAAGAGAGGAAGCUGCAGUCAGAGGAGCAGGACGAUUUAAAGAGGGAUAAGGAAAAGAUAGAGACCAAAACACAGAAAAGAGAUGUCAAUCAGCAAGUUUUAGAUACCAGCAAACAAGAGGCAGAACAUAAAGAUAAGAAAGGUCAGGAGGGAGAGCAGAGUAAUAUUACUACAAUGACAGAAAGGAAAACAGAAAGCCAAAAUGUGCAAAUCAGUGAGAAAGCGGAGCAGAGAGAGAUAAAGAGAGAUCAGAGUGAGAAUAAGCUUACAUCAGUCAGUAGGGAAGUUAUGGGGAAGCCAGAUCUCAAAACACAUCAAGAAACAGCAGGGAGACAAAACCAAGAGCUCCAAGAGGAGAAUCAGCUCCAGACUGAGAAACAACAGCUGAGAAAUAAGGAAGAAACAUCUGAGAGAAAUAAGGAAGAAAAUAAAGAGCAGCCAGAGGAAUCCAGCAAGGUGGUAAAGGUAGAGUGUAAAGAAAGAGGGAAAGGAGGAUUGGAAAGUGACAAAGCAGCUGACAUUCAUAAAUCUCAAAAGAAGUCCAAGGAGGUCAGACAAGAAGGGCAGCUGCAGGCAGAGCAACAUCUGGACGUAAAGGAAGGAAUCCCAGAGAAGAUAGAAGUCUUCAUGUCUUCACAUCUUCUCGCAGAGAGAGGAGGUGAGUGUCAGGGAGUACAGCAACAGGAGCUGAUAGAGAAUAACAGAAGACCUCAAAUAAAAGCCAGGAGAAGAGGAAAACAACAUAAACGAGAGGAAGAGCCCAAUGUGGCUCAGCAACAGACAGUCUGUAGGAAAAGGAGUCAGGAAGAAGACAGUAAGCAGACACAGGAGAGGUCCAGAAAGCUAAAAAAGCUAAAAAAGCUAAAUGGCGAUGAGAUAAAGUCUGAAGACAAAGCUAACAUGAAACAAGACAUAAUAGAUGAAGAAAUGGAUGAUGUGAGUUAUCAACAGGAUCGAGCAUUUAUGUGUCAGGAAGACCAACAGGAGGAGGACAUGGAACUUUAGAAAAACAGCAGGAAACUCAAAGAAGAAGCAAUAAUCCAGUUACAACAUUCACACUGUGCAGCUAUUGACAGCCAGUGUAUGACAGUUUCAUUUUUCAUUUCAACCACAAGAAAAUAUCGCUGAAUUGUAUUAUCAUUUUUCUCAGGAGCAGAGGAUAAAGAUCAGCAAACUAGAGAUUCACUAAUAUCUCUUUCACCAAUUGUUUUUAUAUUGUGAUGUGUCCAAGAUAAUGUAAAGGACUCUUAUACAUCAAAUUGUACAUGUGCAGGAUGAGAUUGAAUUAGUGUUGUAAGUUAAAACUUCAAAGCAUUAAAAAAAACAAUAUAUUGUGUAUAUACGUGUAGUAUGUUAGGUCUUGGAUUGUCUUGUAUAUUAUAAAUCCGUUCAUGCUCUUUGGCUGAGACACAUCAUCAAUAUGUUGAUAAAAUAUGAAGCUGCACAGACACUGACAGCUCUGAUUGUUUUCUUUUAAAGCAGAUUUAUAUAUUUGUUAUUGUUAUUCUCUCUGUGAUGCACAUGUAGAUCAUACUUUUUCAUUAGAAUCAAGCAGGGCAAGGUGACAUGAUGAUAUAGCGCCAAAACAAUAUAAAAAUAUCUAUUGUUUAAAUUAUUCUAUAUUGUUUUUAUGAAAAUGUCGCCGCCGAAGUGCUUAAUGGCCAUAUUUACAUCAUUUGGACGACACUUUUCGUUCUAAACAUUACACGUUAUGUUCAUUUUGCAUUAAAGUUCUGAAUAAAAUGA